CAAUCACGUUGAAGCUAAUAAUCUCGCGAUGAUUGUAAACAGAAGAUGACUGUAUGUUGUGUUGAUGUGUUCUAAUUGAUGUAAGCAACAACCUAUAGAUGGGAAGAAGGAGGGUACGAAGAUGGUUUUCACGCAUAGUUGGAGUUAUUGCGUCGCUGACCGCCCUUUGCAUAGCAAGAAGUAAUGUAGAGGCGACAGAUGAUCGGCCGAAGUCUUGCCCAAAUCCUGGGCAGGAGUCGGCACGAGACAAAUACCUGAUGGUGGUGAGCACCCUGGAUGGACGGGUGUCGGCCUUGGACGUCGGGGACAAGGGACAGCUGAUGUGGUCAGUCCAGGCUGACUCCCGGCCACUGCUGUCAUCAAGUAUCAGCAAAAUGGAGGUGAUGCGAGAAGGUGUGCGGACACGACUUAUUCCAUCACUAGAUGGCGGCCUGUACCAGUACGAUGGGGACAGUAUUGAGGCUGUUCCUAUGACGGCAGAGACACUGCUGUCCUCAUCCUUCCGAUUGUCUGACAACACAAUGAUGAUCGGUGGGAAGGACAUCCGAACAUAUGGAAUAGAUCCCACUACCGGACAGAUCCGCUACCUCUGUACAAUGGCAGGAUGUCACGAUCUUAGCCAGGGCGAGAGCCGAGCUGAUGAUGAUCUGAUUGUCAUCACACGCAACACUCAGACCGUGCGUGCCGUUGAUGCAAGGAUUGGGGCGGAGAAGUGGAACUUCAGUGUAGGUCGCCAUGAGAUAGAGAUCAUUGAUGGCCAGAAGCCCAGUCGCCCAGAAGAGAUAGAUGACGAUGAUGACGAUGGUGUCACCAUUGCAGCGUGUAAUCCAGGUGAGGGCUUGUCGCCAGAGGAAAUGUCGGACUUGGAGGGAAACCUGAAGAUCAUUGUGCCGGAGGGGAUGAUAGUGGCCCUCAACCCUGAGGACUCUGUCAGUGUCAUGUGGCAACACAAGUUCUCCAGCCCGGUGGCCAAUGCAUGGCUGAUGCACCAGGGCCAGCUGAAGCAGAUGAGUCUGUUUGACACGCGCCAUGUUCCAGCCAUCUCCAGCUUCCAGCCCGACGACAUUGACAGCCCACCAGGGGACCCACUGCUUUAUGUUGGCAUGCAUCAGAACCAGCUUUACGUCCAGCCAUCUGAUCAGAUGCAGGAGACCGUCUCUGCCGCUGCUGCCAACAGCCUCCAGACUGUGCCACUGCGAAUCACCUGGAGGCCCUAUCUCAGUACAGCGACAUCUCGGACACCUAUAAUGAACCCCAGUCAGGACCUACCUCAGAUAGCUGAAGGAGUGGACGAUGCACAGGCUGCAACCUCGCUCGUGUCAUGGCAUGAAAACUACCCUUUUGACAAUGGCUACUACCUGUUUCCUGACUUCUCCCCGACUACACUUGCAAUUGAGGAAGGACCCAAUGGAAGCAGGCGUGAUGGGGCAGGCAACGUGAUGGGCAUGAAUCUACCACUCUGGACCUGGUGGAAGGAGAUGGUGGCUAUCACCCUGAUGACUGUAGUGGUUCACCUGCUACUGAGCAGAUACACCCACAGGGACCAGCCUGACAACACCAGCAGACAGGUGUCGACUGACAGUACCAGCAGCAAGGGGUCCGAGACCUCACAGAUCCUGCCAGAACCACAGAAACAGGCUGAAUAUUCUUCCAGGUUCAGCCAAGACUUCGACUGCCUGCACUGUUUAGGAAAGGGAGGGUUUGGGAUUGUGUUUGAAGCCAAGAAUAAAGUGGAUGACUGCAAGUAUGCUGUGAAGAGAAUCUGUAUCCCAAACAGGGAAGGUCAGAAGGAGCGGGUGAUCCGAGAGGUGAAGGCCUUGGCCAAGCUUGAUCACGUGGGUAUUGUCAGGUUCUACCACGCAUGGCUGGAGACGCCUCCGUCAGGCUGGCAGGAGGAGAGGGACAAACAGUUUGAGGACAGUGAGUGCCUGACUCCGAUGCCAUGCAACACUGGCACCGACCUAUCCUCCAUCUCGAGAUUCCCGCCCAACCAGGCCAUGGAGCCUAGUCUCUCAGACUUCAAUCCUUUCAUUAACAAACUGGGAAUCCUACCAGAGGAAAACUCUUCCUCUCUCAGCCGUCUCAACCAUCUUCGUGAAGGAACCAGUCAAGAAUUUUCAGCUCAUUCCAAUAUGGAUUGUUCAACAGACGAAAGCGGGUCUUUCAGUUACAUUGGUGGAGAGCCUGACAAGCGUUGUGCAGAAGAUGAAGAUUCAUUCAGCAUUGAAUUCAUGAAUUCUCAGUCAGGUGGAAAAGAAUCUAAGUCAUCUGGCAUUCCCUUCCAGUCAUAUCUCCACUCUUCAAGUGAAAGCAUUCAGCCAUCUCACCAAGGUGAUGCUGACUCAUUCAGCAUAGUGUUUGAAGAUUCAGGUUGCAAGGACAAAAGCAGUAAUGAUGUUUCACAUGAAAGAGAUAAUUCAGGGGAAACGGACUCCAAUGUUGUGUUCAAAGAUCAUUCCAUUCGGAUUGAGAAAUCUGAAAACUCUGGUUUACCAAGCCAAAACUCUGAUAGACACACUUCGGAAACCCCGGAGGACAGUCAUAGUGUGGGGAAGAAGCUAGCCACUCCGAAGGUGUAUGUGUACAUUCAGAUGCAGCUGUGUCGGAGAGAGACGCUGAAGGAGUGGAUGUGUGCCAACACACUGAACCGUGAUAGGACUGCUAUUCUGGAUAUAUUUGACCAGAUAGUGUCUGCUGUGGAGUAUGUACAUGAAUGUGGACUUAUGCAUAGAGAUCUCAAGCCCUCUAAUAUUUUCUUCUCUGUGGAUGGGACAAUCAAGAUUGGAGAUUUUGGCCUUGUGACAGAACUUGUAGAAGCACAUGACAUAGUUGGUGAAGCUGGCGAUGCCUAUGCUAAACACACAGCUGAGGUCGGCACACAGCUUUACAUGAGCCCAGAACAGAUUGCUCGGCGUCAGUAUGACCACAAGGUGGACAUCUUCUCCCUGGGGAUGAUCUUGUUUGAGCUGCUGUAUCCCUUCUCCACUCAGAUGGAGAGGAUCAGGACACUUGUGGACAUCAAGAAACAAAUUUUCCCAGACAGGUUCAUACGAGAAAUGCCAAAAGAGCAUGAUGUGGUGAAAUGGCUGGUAUCACAGAAGCCCUCUGAACGUCCAUCUGCUUGCGCUAUAUUGGAGCAUGAUCUGUUGAAGGACUUUGCCCCACGUAGACAGGCCAGCAGGUUCCGCACUCGCACCAUCAGCAGUGGAAGCAAUAACUCCACCGGCAGUUAAUGAAUGCCUCACAGCUUGUCUAACCAAACUAUGUACACUUAUAUAAAAAAUCAUUUGAUAGUAGGAGGGACCAUGAGAUCAGGAACUUAACAGCAGGACUUGUCUACAUUAAAAUUAUUUAGGGACCAUCAUGAGACACAGUAGUCUAAACAUUGAUGGCAGGACUAUCAAAGAGCGCUUAAAACAAGAUAACCUACAGAAUACAUCAUGGGGGGUCAUCAUGAGAAAAGAGUUUUAGGACAGCAGAUGGGGAUGAACCAGGCAGGGAUUUGAGAACCUGUACAUGUAAAUGUUCAGAAUUAAGUGUGCUCCUGGCAUACUUAAGGUUUGCUGCUUUAUUUGAAGCUAGACCUUUUAACAUUGGGGACAUGAUAAGGACCCCUUGACUUUCAUCCUUAAUUUUAAACACUAUAUAAGCAUGGCGUUUAGUGUUGUUAGGCUAUCACCAGUGAUUAACUGUCUCAAACAUUCCAAAUACACAGUAAACUAGGAAAACAUACCUGUGAACAAUCUUGACGUAAGUAUGAACUUGAACUGUGUAAAAAAGAUUCAAGAAAUACCUUUCCAAGAUAGUGUGCAUUCACAGUGUAACAGUUCUUGUUUUGAUACGCUGGUAAGGUCUGUACUUGCAAUAACUGUUUCAUCCCUGCUGUCAGAUAUUUAAUAUAUAUGUAUGCUAUAUGGAGAGGGUGAGUGGUGUUUUGUACCGCUUUUUGCAAUAUUCCAGCAAUAUCACGGAGGCGGGGAAACCAGAAAUGGGCCUCACACAUUGUACCCAUGUGGGGAAUCAAACUCGGGUCUUUGGCGUGACAAGUGAAAGCUUUAACCACUUGGCUGAUCCACCGCUCCUGGAGCGUGGGAAUGCUAGGAUAAGGUGACAUUAAAGACCAACAUGUUUUAAUUUGUUUGCAGUUAUGCCACUGACAUUUCUACUUACCAUGCUUAAGAGUUAAACAUCGAGCCAAACUCACGUCAAGCCAAAAUAUUUUGAUGAUAUCUUUAUGAAUACAUGUAUUAGGACAUUAUAUCAGUGCACAGGAGUUGAUGAUGUCUUCUGCUUUUGGAUUAUUCAGGGUUCUUAAGAGAUUCCAAGUAUUGCCGUCUACUUUUAGAUUAGCAAAUAUGAAACAGAGUAAUGUCAGAUGAACUCGUUAUUGAUCAGUAAAUAAAAAUAUAUACCCCUUAUACGUCUGUACUUACAUAAAGGGGGUAUUUACAGACCAAUAACAAGUUCAUGUGGCAUAUUGUCACAGAAAGGUUGAAAUAUUUGAUUGUUGAAAUAUUUGAUGUACACAAAUUUACAUGUUUCAUAUGAUUGACACAUGUACACUUAGGCAACUUCAUUUCAGCUAAGUAAUCAUGCUGAUUAAUUUUAUUCCCUUAUAACAUGUUGAAAACCCUAAGUUUGGAAUUUUGGGUCAGUGAAGGUUUUUAGGGGUUGGUGAAAGAAUUGUGUUACCGGUAAUCAUAUUUGUGGGUUAGAUUCAAUUAGUUUCAGUGCAUGUGAGAUCAUGGCAGAAACAGGUGGGGCACUGUCGCAUGUGGUAAUUGCAGUAUUUCACCUUAGACUCAGUUCCAGCAACACCACAAACUUAAGUGCAUAUAUGUAGCAAGCUUUCUGUGUAAAUACUUUAUGUAUGGUGUUCUCUGUAUUCAGUUUUGCUUCUUAACCAUGAACAGAAUCUAUGUGGCAGUCUUUUAUAAAGUCUGCAUAUAAAUCCAGUCCAUGACUCUCACUUUUUCAGCAGACCUGGUAACUCUUUCUGAUAACGUACCCUUUUUCUAUUCAUAGAUAUGCAUUGGUUGAACUCAGGAAUGACUAUGUUUCAAAACAUUCUGACAUGGUAGAGAGUGAUGUAUUUUGGUGCUGUGAGUAGAUGACAGAUUUCUAAAUGCUUCCUAUUGAAAUUGGUGAUAACCAAACAAAAGCAUAAAUAAGUAUGUUUGUACUCAUGAAAUCACUGUGUGGUGAUUUAUCUACAUAAAAGCAAGGUUUGUAAAGUCUGUGGCAAAUGCUUCAAAUUACAAGUCUGAAAAACUUCUUUUUUUUAGACUUUAUUUUCAAAAUAUAUACUUUCUUUAGUUUAUCUUUUCAGACAAAAUGGAAUUUGACUAGAAUCAGAUUUUGGACCAGUAGCGAACGUCACAGGCGGCCAAAUAUGUCUAUAUUCAACAGAACUCACUCACAAUAAGAUCUGAUUCAUUUGUGAACAAAUACAAUAUUACUGAUAAAUCAUAUACGGAAUGAUUUGAUAUUCUGCAGUUGGUGUAUGAAGCUUUAACAACAUGUGUGUUUCUGUCUUUUCGUUUGCUUACUCAAUUUCAAAUGAUUAGUUACUUGAGGGUUUAUCUUGGAACAAAGAAAUGGACCAAAUUUAUGAUUUUUUAUUUUGUUGUUUCUAGACAAGGAAUGUUAUUGGUUGUACAUAUGUGUUUGUAUAUAUAGAUAUAUGUCUCUGUAUAUAAUGAAUACAGUUUGCCAAGAAUAGUCAUUAUCAGGAUUAAUUUAUUUGUAUCAUCAUGGAACAUUCAUUAACAAAUGUGACGUAAAUCUCAGUUGUGCAUCUACACUCCUUUUAUGAUAAACAUUGCCAGUUCAGUGGCAUUGCAUCUCAAUGUACAUUUGCUUUGGCCAUAGUCAGCACCAUAUCCAUUUGCAUGAUUUGCAUAAAUCACCUUAGUGGUAAAUGUCUAUGACCUGUGUCACUUUGGAUUUUCCAUUCACAUUAUGAUAAAACAGUUCUAUAACUGAAAUACUGUUCAAACCAGGUUUGUAAAGUGUCACCCACUCUUUCACUGAUAGGGGUUGUUAUGCAAACAUGCAGAUAGAUUAAUCCUUCUCUCACAGUCCCUGACUGUUCCAGGCUUACAGAUUCUGUGCCAAGUCUCUCAGAAUCUGUUCCAAGUCAACUUGUCUAUAUAAAACUGGGAAUGAGAUCAUUCAACACCCAUACACCAUGUACAUCAACUGAUAAUCAACAGAAGGAAGAGAAUUUGUGGAUUUCAACUUCUUUAUUAUGAGGAACACAAGGUUGUGUUCCUCAUUAUAAAGAAGUUGACAUCCAUAAUCUCUUCCUUCUGAGUAUCACUUAUAAAUGACUUUCAAAGACAAAAUCAACAGGUUUUAAGCUUACAUUUCAGCAACUAUUUAUUUUAUAAUGCUUCCAUUUACUUUCUGCUUCUGUUAAUUGUUUAAUAACUGUGAUCACUUUGUACCUUAAUUAUGCAAUGUGUAUGACAAGGCACAUUUUAAUAUAAUGCUGCUGUAAGAUAUUCUUGUGUCUCAAGCUGUUUGCAUCUGUAAUAAACAUCUCAAAGUAACAGGAGAUUAAGAGAACAUCUCUUAACCUGGGUAGCAGACUUUUGAGUUUACAUGCAUAAAGGUACAUGAAAAUGGCUUCCUGCCUGCAUAAACUUUUUAACACAGAUUACUUGAGAAUUUUUUUUCCAGCCUUUUAAUGGCUUUAACUACCAAAUAAUGUCACGUGAUAUCAGAGAUAUAUAGGGACUGUAUAAAUUGUUGUGCUUGCUAUCGUUCGUUUGCUACAAAAAUCUGUACCAAUGAAAUGCAAAAUACAUAUAAAUUCCACAGCAACAAUUCGUCUUAAAUGGCAUAAAUGUUAUUUAUAACAGCACAUAUUUCAGAAUAGAAGUUUUGAGACUAUCCCUGAUGCCCCUAAGCUGUUAUGUUUAUUGUGCAGACCCCCUUGUAACAACAAGUACCGGGGGUAUUAAACCACCAACAAUUACAGUUACAACUUUUUCUACCCAUCAUGACAAUGUCUGAAAUUAUGGUGAUGAAUUGGUAUGGACAAAUAUAUAUAACUUAACUUUCACGCCAUUUAAGAUGAAUUGUUGCUUUCAGAUAUAUAUUUAUUUUGCAUUUCAUCGGUACGACUUUGCAGCACUCGGACUAUAGGAAUUUGUAAGGAAUGUUGUGUUAAUGACACAAUUUGUAAUCUGCCAAUAUUUGUCCCAAGCAUAAUUGUGAUAAUUCUCAUAUCAGCAUCUCAUCAAACAUUGUUAAAUGUAAAUACUGUUAACCUCUUAUUUAGUUCUUACUGUUUGUUAUUGAUAAAUCAUGCAUCAGAGAUGUAAAUAUUAAAGGAAUAUUCAUAUCACCAUAUGGGAGUCAUCCAAAACAAAAUGUUGAAAUAAACUUAAAAAACAUU